AUGAGGAAAAAUGUUGAUCCAAAAUUAACAAGACGUGCACAAGAUGUUGAUGAAAUCUUGGAAUUUGAAGAUGAAAUUGAAGUAGAUAGUGCUUUGAUGGAAGAACAUGGGAUCACGCCCUUACAACUUAAUAAUGAUGAUAGUUUAAAUGCUCCAAUCUCGAAUAUACGGUCAAAAAGUAUGAGUAAUCCACAAAUGCCAAAAUUGUCAAAAUCUGUAACUUCAAGAUCUUCUAGUAGAACUAGCAACACUGAUAGGCAACCUCCUACUAUUGUCAUCGGUAGAGGUGGAGCUGGUAAUAUUCUAUCUCCUUCGAAUAGUAGAAAAUCUGCUAAUGAAAGUAAAAACAAGAAAAAGAAAAAGAAAUGGUAUUCUUUCUUAAAUGUAUUCUCUUAA